AUGCACGGAUUCGGAGACUCGAAGCUCGCGCUCGCGCUCGUCGUCCUCAUCGUCGCGCGCUGCGUCGACCGCGUCGUCUACACGCGCAUUACGUUUGAAUUCGGGCCUUUUUUGUGGUAUUUUUCCAACAUCAUUUGCCCGCUCGCUUUUGCCUUGACGUGCUGGCCCGUCGUGUGGUACAAGCUCUGGUUUACGAAGGACGUGACGCCCGAGAUGAAAGCGUUUCCGACGUCGCGCUUCGCCUUCAUGGCACUCCUCGACAUGGUCAGUGGCUUCUUGGCUGCCUUUCCGACGCCUCACAUUGGCGGCAACCUCGCCAACGUGCUCGGGCAAUUCAACCUGCCGUUCAACAUGAUCAUGUCGUACCUUUUCCUCCAAACCAAGUAUCGCCGCAUCCACGUGCUUGGUGCGAUCCUCGUUGUAUAUGGCGGCCUCGUCGCGAUGAUUCCGAUCCUGCACGGCGAGCGCCCGGCCAACUCGCCGGAUCCGAGCCUCGGCUGGAUCAGCAUGUAUGUGUUUGCGAUGGUGCCCUCGGCGCUCUCGAACGUCUACAAGGAAAUUGGCUUGAAGGACGUCGAUUUGGAUAUCUGGUACACGAACGCGUGGAUUAGCUUCUACCAAGUGGGCUGGGGCCUCUUGACGAUCUGGACGAUCCGCAUCCCCGUGUUUUGUGACCCACCAAUUGCGUGGGCGGCAUUUCCGAGCUACAUUGCGGCCGCCAACGACUGCUUCCUCGGUCGCAACGUUACGCUCCACGGCGACGUCGUUGCGUGCGAGCACAACAGCGUCUUUCUCCUCUUUGUCCUCUACCUCGCCUUCAACCUCGUGUACAACCAAUUGAUGCUAUUCGUCUUCAAGGAAGGCAGCAGCGUCCUCUUUGUGGUCUCGUCGGCCAUUUGCCUCCCGUUGACCGACAUGUUGUACAUGAUUCCGUUCCUUGCGGGGACGCAUGCGUCCCAGACGUUCACGCUCUACGAUGCGUUUGCGCUCUUUGUACUCGUGAUUGGGAUUCUCGUGUACCAUUCGGAGAAGGAGCAGCGUUUGGAUGCGUCCGGCACCAAGUCGGUCGAACGGUCGCCCAUGUUUGCGUCGCCGAGCUUCCAGAAGACGCAAAUGAUGCGCGCCAAGCGAGGACGCGUCAUGUACCACCAGAGCCCCGUGACGUUUCGUCAGCGCAACUCGCCCUCCCGCCCGCUUAUGUCGUUGCGCAACAUGGUUUCGUACGGCAGCACGGCGACGGACAAGGUAGUUUAACGCCACCUCGUGCACGGUUCUGCGAGUCGGCCGGAAAUAUCAAGCUGGCAACGUAUCGAGCUCCGAUAGUUUGAAGCGCAC